AUGAAUGCGCUGGGCACCCCUGCAGAAAAAAACGUGGACUUCGGCACGGAGCCCGAAGAAGACUAUGCAGAGGAUCACGACUUCAACUGGGACACGGAGGAUGUGUCGGAAAAAGCAGAUCCGGAGGCGCCCACGCCCCACCAGAAGCCACUGAAGCGGCUGAUUUGGUGGAUUGCGGCGCUGCCUCGCUUUGUGCGUUUGAGUCUGAUUGCCAUCGUGGGCGGUGCAAUUUGCAUUGUGCCCUUCAUUGUGGUGUACACUGGAUUCAGCGACAAUAAUGCGCGGCCACACGUCGAAGUUUGGAGUAUUUGGAUCACGAUUAUGUGGGUCACGUCGGUGUACACGUUCCUCGUUUUCCAGUGGAUCCCUACGCUGCUGGUCAAGGCGGUCGAUAUGGUACUUGGACGUGUUCCCGACUCGUUCCAGGACGUGCUCUACAUCCUCAACGGUAUCCUCUUGUACGUAAAACUGGUAUUUUGCACAGUAUGGGCAUGGGCGAGUCUCGGCGGCACAUUGUCGGUCGAGUUCACAGACGAGACGAGACCCAACUACUUUGACACGGUCGAGAACAUUGUGAAGGCUACGUUUGCCACAUCGAUCAUCCUGCUUGCCGAGAAGAUCGUGCUGAAGAUGAUCACGCGCGAUUUCCACAAAACCUCGUUCAGCGAGAGGCUCUCGAACAGCAGCCUCGCAUUUCGCAUACUUGCCAAGCUGCAAAAAGGCUCCAAGUACACGGCGAUGCAAGAGUUUAAUUCGCGUGCAUACAGUGUCGGGACCAAGGCGCGCUACUUUUUCUCGCGCAACACCCCAGCUGCAGAGAGCGCUGCCAACUCCAUACAAGGGAGGCAGACGAAAAAGAAAGCGUUUAUUUCGCAAUUGCAAACAGCGCUCGCUGCCGCAUCACGAAAGACGCAAUUGUCCAAUAUCAACAUGCCCGAGUCAUCGCUAGCUGCGCGCCGUUUGGCCAAGGAGCUCUUCGUGACCCACUCCAAAGACGGCCUGUGUAUCACGCCCCAAGACCUUGCCCCCUACUUUCAGACGGACACGGAUGUGCAGCGCGCAUUUGCGCUCUUUUGCCCAGACCACAAAGGUAUUGUCACCCGCAAAGGAAUGUGCAACGCACUCCAGCAAAUAUUUGAGGAGCGCACAAUGUUGAACAACAGUAUGCAUGACAUGCACGGCGCGUUCCGCGCUUUGGACAUGGUACUGAUGUGUAUUGGACUCAUUAUCUGCGUCUUUAUCUGGCUCGUCAUCUUUACCGGCGCGAGCGCAGUGAGUAAUCUUUUGCCCCUGUCCACCAUUGUGGUCGGCUUCUCGUUUGUCUUUGGAAACUCGGCCAAGAACAUCUUUGAGAGCAUGGUUUUCAUCUUUUCCACGCACCCCUACGACGUCGGCGAUUUGGUCUGCGUCGAGAAGACGUGGAUGUAUGUAACGGCGUUUGGCAUGAUUUCUACUGAAUUUGUCACCGUGUUCAACCAGGCGCUGAUCUGCCCAAACGCAGUGCUCGCCGCAAAAAUGACGAUUUACAAUGCGCGGCGCUCUGCUGCACAGUGGGAUUCGACGACCAUCAUGAUUGGGUUUGCCACGCCUUUGGAGAAAAUCGACGAGUUUCGCCAGCACUUGACCGCCUACGUCCGCGACGACGACAACUUUGGCGGCGGGCUGUACUUGCUGUACGACUCGGUCCGGAAUAUGAACUGCAUUUCCAUGGUUAUUGCUUGGGAACACAAGAACAACUGGCAAGAUUGGACUCGCCGCUGGGUGCGCCGCGACAUGUUUAUGCGCCGCAUGAAGCAGAUUGCCGAAAACCUUUCCAUCUCCUACCAGCCCCCCCAGCAGCCCAUCUUUUUCGCGCCGGAGCCCAAGACGGGCGCACAUGCCGAGAUGCGCUACGGCAACAAUUUACUUAACACGAUGCAGGUGCCUGGCGAUAUGCCUAUCCGGCCCACGGCGCUGCAUCCCACUGGAUAA